AGGAGAUGGUUGCGGAGCCUCCGGCGGCUGCGGGCCCGGCAGCUGGCGAGGAGGACGCUGCUGUGGAGAACCGGGGUAACAUGAAGCUCCAGGCCAGAGGGGGGUGAAAGAGGAAACGGCUUUGUUUCCAUAUUCGGUGUAAAUCUGGCCCCGUUUUUAUGCACCUGAUGAGAACCUGCACGUCCCAGCGCUUAAUUUUCUCAUCUCCAAGGUUCCCUGUCGUUUGAGGCCUCGGUGUACCCCCUCAGUUCUCUACAUUCUUCCAGGAGCAGCAGAAAAUGAUCACGUCCCAGGGAUCACUGUCAUUCAGGGAUGUGACUGUGGGCUUCACCCAGGAGGAGUGGCAGCACCUGGACUCUGCUCAGAGGAUGCUGUACAGGGACGUGAUGCUGGAGAACUACAGCCACCUCAUCUCAGUAGGGUUUUGUAUCCCUAAACCAGAAGUGAUCCUCAAGUUGGAGCAAGGAGAGGAGCCAUGGAUAUUGGAGGAAGAGUCCCCAAGCCAGUGUGUCCCAGAAUUAAUUUAUAGCAGUAGAAACUAUUCAAGAAAGAAGUUUGAUGAGUUUAACAAAGGUAGAAAAUGGUUCCAUGAUGACAAGCAUGAAGGAAUUCACUCUGAAGAGAAACCUUAUGAAUAUAAUAAAAAUGGGAACGGCCUCUGUCUUAAUGAAGACUCUGUUCAGCAUCAAAAAAUUCAAAUUUUGGAACAACCUUUUGAAUACAGUGAAUGUAGGAAAGCUUUCCAUGAGAAUUCACUCUUUGUUACACAUAAGAAUCCUUACACAGGACAGAACACCUGUGAAUACACUGAAUACAGAAAAACCUUCUGUGAUAUGUCAUCUCUCUUUGCUCAUCAGAGAACACAUCCAAAAGAGAAUCACUAUGAAUUUAAUGAAUGUGGAGAAAAUUUCUUUGAGGAAUCCAUUUUCUUUGAACAUAAUGUUCACCCUUUGAGCCAGAAGUCAGAUCUCAUUCCAAUUCAGAGAAGCCACUCAAUUGACAACAUAAUUGAAUAUAAUGAAUGUGGAAACUAUUUCAAUGAAAAAUUAGUCUUUGGCAUACAACAGAGCAUACAAACAGGAGAAAAACCCUAUGAAUGUCAUGAAUGUGGAAAAACCUUCAACAAGAAGUCAGCCCACACAAGACAUCGGAGAACCCACACUGGGGAAAAAUCCUGUGAAUGUCAUGAAUGUGGGAAAACUUUCUGCAAGAAUUCAGACCUCAUUAAACAUCAGAGAAUUCAUACAGGGGAGAAACCUUAUGAAUGUCAAGAAUGUGGGAAAUCCUUCAGUGAAAAGUCAACCCUCACCCAACAUCAUAGAACACACACAGGGGAGAAACCAUAUCAGUGUCAUGAAUGUGGCAAAUCCUUCUCAUUUAAGUCAGUCCUUACUGUACAUCAGAAAACACACACAGGGGAGAAGCCCUAUGAAUGCUAUGAAUGUGGGAAGGCCUUUCUCAGAAAAUCAGACCUCAUUAAACAUCAAAGAACUCACACAGGGGAAAAACCUUAUGAAUGUAAUGAAUGCGGGAAAUCCUUCUCUGAGAAGUCAACUCUCACUAAACAUCUGAGAACUCAUACAGGCGAGAAGCCCUAUGAAUGUACUGAAUGUGGAAAAUUUUUCUGCUACUACUCAGGUUUCACAGAACAUCAGAGGAGACAUACAGGAGAGAAACCUUUUGGGUGUAAUGAAUGUGGAAAAAACUUCCGUCAGAAAUCAGCCCUAAUUGUUCAUCAGAGAACUCACAUAAGACAGAAGCCCUAUGAAUGUAAUGAAUGUGGAAAGUCAUUCUGUGUGAAGUCAAAACUCACUGCACAUCAUAGAACACACACAGGGGAGAAACCCUAUGAAUGUAAUGUUUGCAGGAAAUCAUUCUAUGUGAAGUCAAAACUUACUGUACAUCAGAGAACACUUGGGAAGAAACCCUAUAAAUAUAAUAAAUGAGGGAAAUCACUCUGGGUGAAGUCGAGAGUUUGUAGAACAAAGAACACAAAGCAGGGAGAAAAAUCUAUUAAGAUUUUGAGAACAUCUUUGGUCUAAAGUCAGUUCUCAUAAUACAGCAGAGAACUUACAGAGGGAAGAAAAUAAUAUUAAGAUAUUCUGGACAUAGGAAGAUUUUCUACUGGAAUUUGGACCAUACAGUGUAUCAGAAAGCUCAGAGUACAGAAAACCUAUUGGUGAAUGAAUACAGGGAACCUUCUGCCCAAAGCCACACCUCAUUAAACAUCAGAGAAAUCACACAGGGUAGAAACCUCUAUCAGUAUUCAUAGAGAAGACUUCAUCCACAGGCCAGAGAAAAUGCACAAACUAUAGGAAGUUAUAGGAAAGCAUUUACUAUGAGUUGGUAUUUUAUUGGACUUGUGUGAAAUGUUUGAAGUAGCAUUUCAGUGGACAUCAGAUAGUAAUUUAAGUGGGUAGAAGCUUUAAGUUAAACCUAAGCUUAUCAUACAUCAGUUUUGAACUGAAGUGUCUAGCAUUUAAGAAAUGUGGAGAAUGUUUGCAUUUAGACAAAGCAUUUAUACAAUUUGGCCUAUUGCUGGGUGUGCUAUUCCUUCCAAUUUAAGGUACUGGACAUCAACUGGAACCAGGGGUUGUAAGCAACUCACAUGUUUAUUGCUCAGGCAUAUGGAAAACAAGGGAAGAUUUUUAGCAAGGGGACCCACCUGCAAGAUUUUCUUAUGUCCAGGUAGAGAGAGAGAGAGAUCCUGGUUUUGGUGAUAUACAUAGGACAGGAGCUUGCCAGAAGGAUUUCUGAUUGUGAGGCUGACUAAUUUUGAGUGGCCUGUCCUGGAAUGGUGGAUCAAAGGGGCAAUGUAGGUUCCUUGAAUGCAGCUACCUGGUGUAGUGGAAGUGGUAUGAAAUAUAGGUAGUUUCUGCCUUACCAGUGUUUAACAGUUUGGCCAGAUGCCAUCCUGCUGUGAAGUGACUUACUGCAACCAAACUUUAUUUAUGCACAUACUUAACAUGUUUCAUAUGUGAUACAAUGAUUUUUUAAAAAGCAGAACAUUCAUGUACAAACAUAUACACUGUUAAGUAUGGAGCUUUAGAAAGCACAAAUAGAUUUUACUAUUGAGUAAGAUACAGUAGUUUGCAGCAGACCAGUGCACUCACUAAGAACAACUAGAAAAGCAGUUCACAAAAAGCAUCUAUUUACUUGCAACCUAUUGCAGAAGCAAAGAGGGCUAGAAUGGUAAUAUUCAGGAGAGGAGUGAAUGACAAAGUAUAUGGGAAAACAUAGCUGUUUUUCCUGGGAGCACUUGCCAAUUCUGGCUACAGGGAGGAAGCUGAAUAUUGAGCUUGGCUCAGGCAGAGGGCUAUAGCUUGGUGGGGCAAGGGGGGUUAGGGUGCAGGGAGACCAGAAACCAGGGAACAGUGAACUUUGCUAGUCAAGGCUGGAGUGAAAAAUUCUGAAACAUGAGAGGCUUCAAACAUGUAGCCAGUUUCUCAAAAUUUUGAGAAUACUGACACAGAGCAGGAACUUGAAAAUCUAAGCUCAAAAACGCAAGUAGAUUUUCUUUUUCAGUACUGAGAAAAAAAUGAAUAGAAUUCAGGAACUGCCAGUAGGAUGGGCCCCUGGCAAACACAGCAUGCUAUCAAUAAAAGCACAAGGUCAUACCAGAGGUAGACUGUACCUUAACAAAACUGCAAACAAUUCGAGUCAUAUUUAAAAAUCUACCAGAAAGAAAACUCAUAGGAACAGAUGGCUUCACUGCAGUUAUUCUAAAUAUUUUAAA